ACAUGGCGGAUGUUUUGUUUGUGUGAGAGAAUGGUUACACUGUUGGGUAAAAUGUUUAGGAUCAAUCGUUUUGUUAUUCUUUGUUUAAUUUUUAACAAUUAAUUGACAGUAUCAAGUCAAAAGAUGGUGGAUGUUAAUUAGCAUCAUAAAAGGUGAAUCUAUAAAGCCAAAAAAUGAAUGCAACGAGUCUUUAUGUGUCUACGUGUCGCCUAGUAUUACAAGCCGACUCGGAGGAUCCAAAUUCUUGGACCGAUUUAUACAGGCUUGUACCAUAUUUGCGCCAGAGUUUGAGUUGCACAGUGUGCUCAAAUCUUCUCAUUGAACCUCUCACACCCACCGAAACCAAUUGUCAACAUCACGUGUGUCGUUGUUGCCGUGGCGGACGUAAAAAAUUAAAGCCAUCCUGUGGUUGGUGCAAGGAUUAUGACAAAUAUGUGGAGAAUGUGCAGUUGAGGAUACUGUUACAGUGUUAUAAAAAACUCUGCGAGUAUCUCACGAGCACGAGUAUUUACAGAAAUCUCAUUGUUUCUGUGUCUUCCAAUGUGACGAGCAAUGGGGCAUCUAGUGUGGGUGCUGGCAGUCUCAUGGAACUUAUUCAGGAGGGCACCGGUUUCAAGGACGAGUUUAAAAGCAAUGCUGGACUAUCAAAGUCCGCUUAUAGCAUACUCCCUUGUGUUUAUACGAGCACUACAUCGACACAGACUCAAGGAAAUACCAUUCAAGCCUCUAGCGAAACACUUCCACAAAACGUACCUGAAUCACCUGCAAUUAGAACCGUCUCCAAUGGCUCCUCAAUAUAUUCUGUGAUGUAUGCUGGCUCUGGUAAUAAGAUAACGAUAAAAAGAAAAGCUGCAGCUGUAGAAGACACUGACAUUAUACAGCAGGAUGACGGAACAACGCGGACUAAUGUAGGAGGGGUAAAAUGCAUUCCAUCUUCACAUCUUUCAUACGGAACUACUUCUCCGAAAAAGUCUUCGAAGGGCAGCAAAUCAACGACAGGCUUCAAAAAGCCACGAUCUAGUUCAACAAGAAGUAAGAGAAAAGGGUGUCGCUGUGGGAACGCAACAGCAAUACCUGGGAAGUUAACAUGCUGUGGUCAAAGGUGUCCAUGUUACGUUGAGAGUAAACCGUGCAUAGAAUGCAGAUGCAGAGGAUGUAGAAAUCCACAUACGGCUGAUGGUCUCAAGAUUCGGCCUCACAUCCCAGAACUUCACAAUCUUCAAUUACAACUGUCAACACCUCUAGACUGUGACACAUUAACAGCAGAUCCUCUGAGUUCAGUACAGCAUCUCUCCACAUCACCAACAACAAUCCAAGUGCUAAACGUUUAUUCCACUCCUCGAUUAGACAUUGACAAUGUCCCCCAGAAUCUUCCAGCUGCAUUGCUAGUCGGUGAAGACGCAAUGGUAAGUACCGAGAGUGAGGCUGAAGACAGUGAUAUACAAAUUGACGUGUGACAGCGCAAUUGAUAACGCUUUUGAGCGUUCAUUUGAUUCUCAUCAUCAAGUUGUAUCAAAUCGGUGUUACUACGAGUGUUAUUACGAAUAGCGAUAUGAAAGUUCUUUACUUCGCAAUAACUUUUUUGGAGCGUAAAAUUUGUAUAAAGUGUAAAAGUGUGUAAUCAUAGGACCUGUGUGAUUAGAUAGUUUUUUAAGUAGAAUCAUUGUAAGAAUUCACAGAUUUUUUGUACAAUUCUAUCUAAUGCUGAAAGCACUACUUUAAUAUCAUUCUUUCAAUCACUGCGAUUUGUUAUGAGAAUGAGUGCAGACAAAAAUCUGGAUAUCCAAUGGAGACAGCAAGUAUGUCACUUAGGAAAAAUUCGUGAAGGAUGGUACGAUUGAUUUUAUAUACUCACUACACAUUCAUUGGUACAACUUCAUCCAUAACAAGAUGGACGAUGGAGGAUGAAUAUCGAAGAAACAAUAACAACGUUGGCCAAAUUUGUCGUAUAGAAAUUUAAACUGAUAACGACCACCGAAUAAACACGGCUCGUGGUGACCACAAAUCCAGCAUUAAUAAAAUGUCACAAUCAUGAAAAUUAGAUCAGCAUUGUUAAUAUCUCUCUAAUAUUUCAUAUUUUCCAUUUAAUUCAUCAGUAUCGAGAUGAUCACAAUAAUUAAUUCAUCCCUAAUUUCUUCUCCCUCAUCACAUGAUUGAUGAGAUAAUUCUGCAUAGGGAGUAUUCAUUUUUUGCAACCGCUGUUAUUCAAUGAACUAUAAUUCCAAUAUGUAAAUUACAGCAAUAAGACUCGAAAGGAUAUCUAGAUUUUUUUUUAAGAAAAGAAAUCCAUUUUGAAAUACUGCAAUUAAUUUGAUCAUUGUGUAGAGUCAACUUAUUAGAUGCUUAGAAAUUGUAAAUUUAUAAUUAUGAUUGUUAAUUGGCAUCGGCAAGGCUCGAGUUUCAAGAUUUAUUGUCUUGUCAUUAAGGAAAUUGGAAUUAUUGGAAAAGAAGCAUGAAGUAAAGAAAUUCUAGUACAAAAUUAUGAAUUUAUAUAAAUUAUAAUUUGAAAGGUUUCAAUCCUGCACAUGUCAAAAUGGCCUUGAAUAUUCAGUUGAACUGGAACAAUGAGUUUCCACAAAUGUGGUGGAGCGCGAUUUAUUUACCAGAGUAAUACUUCGUAUCAGCAAUAAGUAAUUACAUUACAUAAUUACAAAAAAAAUAAAAAUGAAAAAAAAAUGGAUGGGAGGGUUAUCAAUGUGAUUGACAUCAACUUGCAUAGUAUUUUUUGUUCAUCAUGUAUCCCCGUAGGUACGUGCGUGAUGUCAUGACACGAACGAGGAGAAUAAACAUAUUUUUUACUUA